ACAUAUUUCAGAUUCGAGUUUGAUAGCCUGUAAAGUAGCUUUUACAUGGAGAGUUUUACCUCUCAAUGUGCGACUUUUCGACAUCGCUUAUCCAAAUUUAAGAUCAAGAUCUGAUAUGUAUAUUGAAUGAAAAAUAAAGUACCAAAAUCAUAUAUACAACUUGAUAUACAUAAAUAAUAAAGAGAUAUUCAAAGCCACCAGUAUUGACCUAUUCUCAAAGUCAACUAUUUUUCCAUAUAUAUAUAUAUAUAAACAAAACCCUAUUUCCAAAACCUAAAAUCAUUAUUCCAACAACUUUUUACAUCUCAUUUUCAUAAAUUCAACCUCCAAAACAAACAAACAAACAAACAAAAUGGGAAAGACAACAUUUUCAUCUUGUUGUUACUUCAUAUGUCCUUCAAGAUCAUCAAUGGUCAACCUGAUAUUCCACGAUGGAUCGAGGAGGGUGGUGACCGGAAAAAGGCUAGCCGGAGAGAUAAUGUUUGAGUUUCCAGACUGCAUGGUUUGCCAUGCAGACUCGUUCUACAUUGGAAACCCUAUUCCUUCCUUAAACAUAGACGAUAGGCUCAGAAAAGGCGAUACGUAUUUCAUUCUCCCUCUAGAUUACUUUCCAUCGUGCAGCAUGCUCUCUGCCUCUACUCUGGCUACCCUGGGCUCAAACUCUAGACAAAGUAGUUCUCCAGUCAACUUCAGAAACCCUAUUUUUCAAUACGUUAAGGCGGAAAAUGGUAGGGUUUUGAUAAAAGUGUCACCAGAGUUUAUAAUUAAGUUACUUACAAGAGGAAAUGAAGAUCAACAAGAAGAUAUUAUUACAAGUAAUAGUGAUAUUAAAGGUAAGUUUUUAUGUAAUACACCAGAAUUAAAGAAACAUUAUGAACAAUUAGUUUGUCCAAAAGGCCAAAUUUGGUCACCUAAAUUAGAAACUAUUACUGAAUACAAAAUUAAGUAUUCUCCUUGUAGGUUUAUAGGGUUUGAAUGGAAGCAAAAAGAAUAAUAUAUAUAUAUAUAUAUAUAUAUAUUGAUGUUUGUGUAUAGUUUAGUUUCUCUUGAAGUUAAGUAAGAAAUUUAAUUGAUUGUAGUUGAUACUCCCUCCGUCUCAAUUUAUGUGAUACAUUUCAGA